AACGUUCUAAUAAAUAGUAAGUUCUUAUAGGGUAAUGUGGUCUAUUUUGCAAUGAACAUGGUUGGAUACGGCAUUUACCUACCAGCAGUCGCUAACUAUAACAUAUUAAAUUUUUUUCAAACAAGUCGAAUAAAUAAAUUCAAAAAAAUUCGCAAAUUAAUCCAAUUUCAUUGACUAUGCGCCAGAUAAGAAACGUAAUGAAAAUCGGCGAUAAAUACAAGUCCAUUCCAUAAUUAGAAUUAAAUAGAAAAACCUACAAAAUUCUUGAUACUUAACGGAAUGAAAAUUUUUCAAGUUUUCACAUACGAGCAUACAAGACGUCUUUUAUGCGAAGAUUUUUGCCGUCGUAUAUGCAUCGGUGGAUGCAACAUGAUUUUACUGAAUAAAUAAAUAAAAUUAAAAGUAAAAAAAAAGAAAAAAAAGAAAAAAAAAUUAAAUUAAAGAAUAUUUUAAAUAAAUCUUUCUUUAAGAACUAAUUGUUAAGAUUCCCGUAAUCAUUAAGAAAAAAGCAAUAAAAUGAAACACAUAAACAACAGUUCGUCACACAAGCCACCGUCAUAUUUAUUGUCAUGGUUACUGAUCUCUUUGUUAUUAUUUAUGAGAUUUGGUACCACCAUCGGUAGCAGUCAUAGCGGUGCCACAUUUAUGCCAGCCUUAGAAUGUUAUGAUCGUUACAGCAAACCACAGAAAUGUAUGCCAGAAUUCGUAAAUGCUGCCUAUCAACUACAGAUUGAAGCGACGAACACAUGCGGCGAACAGGGCGAUAACCAUUUCUGUGUGCAGACAAUGAAUUCGAAUCAUAAGAAUUGUGAAUUUUGCCGAUGGGAUGAUCAUAAUCCAGCAUUUCUAACGGAUUUACACGAUCCGCAAAAUCCAACAUCAUGGCAAUCAGAAACGAUGUACGAAGGCAUACAACAUCCGAACCAUGUUAAUCUAACGUUACAUUUGGGGAAGUCAUUUGAUAUCACAUACGUUCGCAUUCUAUUUCGUUCACCAAGACCUGAAUCGUUUGCCAUUUACAAACGCACUAGCGAAACUGAUCUAUGGAUACCGUACCAAUACUACAGUGCUACUUGCAGAGACACUUACGCUUUGCCAGAUUCCAGAGCUAUACGCAAAGGCGAGGGAGAGGCUCAUGCUUUAUGUACCAGUGAAUAUAGCGAUAUUUCACCAUUAAGAGAUGGUGAAAUAGCUUUUUCAACUUUGGAGGGACGUCCCAGUGGUAUACAUUUUGAGCGAAGUGCAGAGUUACAGGAAUGGGUUACUGCGACUGACAUACGAAUUACACUCGACCGUUUGAACACGUUCGGUGACGAGCUCUUUGGCGACGCUCAAGUACUCAAAUCAUAUUUUUAUGCCAUCUCCGAUAUUGCGGUGGGAGCACGUUGCAAGUGUAACGGUCAUGCUAGUAAAUGUGUGGCCAGCACCGGCAUGAAUGGUGAACGUAAACUGGUAUGCGAGUGUCGUCACAAUACUGAUGGCCCCGAUUGUGAGAAAUGUCUGCCACUAUACAAUGACGUCAAAUGGAAAAGGGCCACCUCAACAGAAGUCAACGAAUGCAAACGGUGUAAUUGUAAUGGUUUCGCUGAUAAGUGUUUUUUCGAUGCUCAUCUCUUCAAUUUAACGGGCCACGGUGGUCACUGUUUAGACUGUCGCGAAAAUCGUGAUGGUCCAAAUUGUGAACGAUGCAAAGAAAAUUUUUACAUGCGCGAGGAUAAUUAUUGCAUACACUGUGGCUGUGACCCAGUUGGUUCACGUUCUCUCCAGUGCAACAGUCAGGGCAAAUGUCAAUGUAAGCCAGGUGUCACUGGUGACAAAUGUGAUCGUUGUGAAAUGAAUUACUACCAGUUUGGCCCACACGGCUGCCAACCUUGCGGUUGUGAUUCAAGAGGCUCAUUUGAAAAUGUGCCCUCCUGUGAUACCGAAACUGGCAUUUGCCGUUGUAAGGAUAAUGUGGAAGGCAAACGUUGUAACGAAUGUAAACCGGGUUUCUUUAAUCUUGAUUUAACUAAUCGCUUCGGUUGCACCCCGUGUUUUUGUUAUGGUCAUACGUCGGAAUGCCAAACAGCUCCUGGUUAUUCGGUGGUUUCAAUUGCUUCCAAUUUCAAUAAGCACAAAGAACGUUGGGGGGCCGUGGACUUAUAUAAUCGCGACAUGGAUAUUAAAUAUAAUCAGUAUAGUCGAAGCAUAGGCACCACCGCUCAAGGCAAUGAGUACGUAUUCUUCCAAGCCCCAGAACGUUUCUUAGGUGAUCAACGAGCUUCUUACAAUCGGGAUUUGAAAUUCAAGCUACAGUUAGUGGGCCAAGUGGGACCUAGCACGAGCGCUAACGAUGUCAUUUUGGUAGGUGCUGGUACAAAGAUCUCUUUGCCUAUCUUCGCCCAGAAUAAUGGAAUGCCCGAUCAAAAUCUUAAAGAAUAUUCUUUUCGUUUGCACGAACAUCGAGACUAUCAGUGGCAACCAAGUCAAUCAGGUAGAGGCUUUCUUUCCAUUCUCUCCAACCUAACGGCCAUAAAAAUAAGAGCCACUUAUUCGGUGCAAGGUGAAGCUAUUUUGGAUGAUGUGGAAUUGCAAACAGCUCAUCGGGGUGCUGCUGGUCAUCCAGCAACCUGGAUAGAACAGUGCACCUGCCCCGAAGGCUAUUUGGGGCAGUUUUGCGAGUCCUGUGCACCAGGCUAUCGGCACAGUCCGGCAAGAGGUGGACCUUUCAUGCCUUGCAUACCUUGCGAUUGUAAUGGGCAUUCCGAUAUUUGUGAUUCUGAGACUGGGCGUUGCAUUUGCCAACAUAACACUACAGGAGAUAAUUGUGAUCAGUGUGCCAGAGGUUACUACGGCAAUGCCCUAGGUGGUACACCCUAUGAUUGCAAACGCUGCCCUUGUCCUAACGAUGGCGCCUGCAUGCAAAUUAAUGGCGACACUGUCAUUUGUACGGAAUGUCCUGUCGGGUACUUUGGUGCCAGAUGUGAACAAUGCUCCGAUGGCUUUUAUGGUGAUCCGACCGGUCUUUAUGGAGAAGUUCAAACUUGCAAAUCAUGCGACUGUAAUGGUAACGUCGAUCCUAACGCCGUAGGGAACUGCAAUCGUACCAGCGGCGAAUGUUUGAAAUGCAUACACAAUAGUGCAGGCAAAUAUUGUGACGAAUGCCUUCCCGGUCACUUUGGUGAUCCUUUAGCCCUUCCACAUGGCCACUGCGAACGGUGCAGUUGCUACCCACCCGGUACCGAACAGAAUGAAGAAGGUGUAUCUCAGUGCGAUCAGAUUACGGGACAAUGUCAUUGCAAACCCAACGUUAUAGGCCGUGACUGCGGUGAAUGCCAGCCGGGCUAUUUUAACAUUAUGUCUGGCAAUGGCUGUGAGAACUGUAUGUGUGAUCCCGUAGGCAGUUAUAAUUCUACCUGUGACCGUUUUACUGGGCAAUGUUUCUGCAAACCGGGUGUAGUGGGCCAACAUUGCGAUCAGUGUGCCGUUUAUCAUUACGGGUUUUCUUCCGAAGGUUGCAAACCAUGCGAAUGUGACGACAGCGGCUCUAAAGGCUUUCAAUGCGAUCAAAAUGGCCAAUGCCCCUGUAAUGACAACGUAGAGGGUCGACGGUGCGACCGUUGCAAAGAAAAUAAAUACGAUCGACAUAUGGGAUGUAUUGAUUGCCCAGACUGCUAUAACUUGGUGCAAGAUGCCGCUAAUGAGCAUAGGACUAAACUGAAAAGUCUCAGCUCUACUUUAGAUGAAAUUGCUCGGACACCAGUAACCAAUGAUGAAGAAUUUGAAGCCAAGCUAAAGUCAGUGCAAGAAAAAGUUGAUAUUUUGCUAAGCGAUGCGAAGUAUGGAGCUGGCGACGGUGGUCAAACAUAUGUAGAAGUUUUAAAUGAUUUACAUAAGCGGUUGGAAGGUAUAAGUUCGCAUUUGGACAGUGCUGACUCAUUGCAGGAUACCGCCAAUGAGGAAAUCGAAAAAGGGCGCCAGAAUCAUACGAAGGCUCAGGACAUUAUUGAUGCUGCCAAUAAUGAAAUUAAGAACGCAAUGAAUAUGCUUAACGAUGAAGGCGCCUUGGCCUUAGCAAAGGCUCGAAACAAAUCUGUUGAAUUUGGUGUACAAUCCAAUCAAAUCUCUGAAAUCUCUCGAGAGGCUCGAGCAUUGGCCGACCGUUUAGAAUCGGAAGCACAGUUUGAUUUGAAAAAUGCGAAAGAUGCGAACGAUGCCGUCGAAAAAGCCUAUGAAUUAGCUAAAAGUGCAAUUAAUCUACAACAAAAAGUUAGCGAUGAACUGAGGACUGAAGUGCGCUUAGAAUUGGAUACUGUUAAGUUGUCUUUGGGGACUACCGCCCAAACUACUAAAGAAGCUUUACGUAAAGCGAAUGAAGUUUACGAUACUGCCCUAACGCUGUUGGCUGAUGUGAAUGGUCUGACUGCACCGGAUAUUGACAUCAAGAAAUUGAAACAAGAUGCACUGGAAGCAAAUGAACAAGCCGACGAACUACUGAAACGAGUCAAUGCUAUCUCAAAUAAUAAUGGUGAAUUAUUUGCCGAUUUUGAAGAUGAGUAUAGUUUAGCCGAAGUUAUCUUAGAAAGAGCCGAUCAACAAAAACUGGAUGAUAUAAAACUUUUAGAGCGAGCCAAGGACGCUUACGACAAAGCCACCAAAGCCGUAGAACAAGGUGAUAAUACCCUGAAGGAAGCCAACAACACUUAUCAUACUUUAGCGGGCUUUCAAUCUGACGUUCAGCUUUCAUCAGAAAGGGCGCAAUUUGCUUUGAAAACUGUGCCAAUCAUCGAGGAAGAAAUUGAAAAGGCUGAAACUUUAAUAAGACAAGCGGAAACAGCGUUGGCGGGCGCCAAUAAGAAUGCCAAUGAAGCUAAACAAAAUGCUCAAGAAGCUCAACAAAAAUAUGCCGAACAAGCCUCGAAGGAUGCAGAACAUAUACGGAGACGAGCGAAUGAAACUAAAGUUAAUGCUCGUAAAUUAAGGGAUGAAGCAGACCAAUUGAAUCAUCGCGUAAAGGUAACCGAAAUCGAUAUAAGUAAAUUGGAGGACUCGUCUAGUAAAGACGAUAAUCUUGUGGAUGACGCAAAACGAAAGGUCGGCCAAGCUAAGGCCGAUUCCCAAGAAGUUAAAAAACAAAUUGAUAAGGCUGUCAAUGAAUUAGACGCCAUUAAAGAAGAACUUACCAAUCUAAAAGAUAUCAAUACCGAAGAUUUGAAUAAAUUAGAAAAUCGUUUAAAUAUAGCGGAAGCUGAGUUAAGUCGGGCUAAUUUAAAUGAACGCAUAGAUAAAUUCCGUGAGAUGCGUAAUACUCAAAAGAAAUGGAUCGAUAAAUAUGAAAAAGAAGUUCAGGAACUUGAAGCGGAAGUUCUUAAUGUACGUCUCAUAUCAGAAGCACUGCCCAUGGGUUGUUUUCAACGAAAUCGAUUAGAACCCUAUUAAUGCAAGCAACUCAAGCAAUCUCUACAUAAUUUCCCUACUCUUUGAAACACACGAAUAAAUUCUACAAUUAUUUUUUAUUCAUUCUUAGUAAAUUCGAGUAUAAGUGCCUAUUAUUUAAAGCAAGAAGUUUUAGUGUUUUUAUAGCUUCCCUAAUCUUAAUUUCAUUCGCAUUAUUACAAAACUCGAGGUAUUAAUGAAUUG